AGACGAAGUAUAUAUAUAGUUUCGUAACAGUGGUAUAUAAGGCCAAGACUAGUUGGUCAGUAGUGUCACUAGCAUCAUUCGUAAAGUGUUUCAUAAAACGAAGAAUCGACAAUGUCCCGAUACGUCUUUGCCUUUCUCGUAAUUAUGGCCAUCUUCUCCACUUCAUUUGGUCAACAAUGCGGGCUGAACGAGGAGUUUAAAACAUGCGGAACGCCGUGCGAGCCCACCUGUGACAAACCACGUGCAGGCAUUUGCACCUUGCAAUGCAGCAUCGGUUGUCAAUGUAAAGAGGGAUACCUGAGAAACGGCAGAGGAACCUGCGUCGCUCCAGAAAAUUGUUAACCUCGCACAAUCGAUAAAUCACUUGUUCUUAUCGAUUUGAUACCCUCUUCCCGCUUUCCCUCUUGUAUUUGGGACCUCCGUAGUAAUAAUGUCUGUUCAUAGAUUAAUAUUGGUCGCAAGCUUGUACAAAUAAAAAACCAGUGACAGUAAUAAA